AUGCCGCCAGCGCAACGUCGGGAAACGUCUUCAAGCGGUAACCAGUCUAGAGGGCGUGUUCUCACACAAAGGAGUCCCCGAGAUCAACCAUUACAUGGACCUCGUCGACCACCGCUUCAUCCUGGCACACCUAAACUGGCGACAGAAAGCCCACGGAGAGCUCCGUCUCCUCGAAAGGUCGUCACUCCUCCACCAGUUGAGCCCCAGGAUGCGAUUCAGGAAGUAGCAUACGCAUCAUCACCGCCGAUGGAAUUUGAAAUAGAGGAAGAACGACCAACUCGAGUGCGACGAUCUUCUCCUAAAUUCCGUCCCCGUGCGGAUUCCUUCGGAUCUGAAGCCGGUGGUGUGAGUCCGGUAGAUUUAGCGUCGGAUAAAGAUGCCCUUCUUGACACGGACGAGUUGAUGGUUUCGGCAGCGAUGACGCGGGUGGGGACGCCGAAGUUGGGUGUGUCUCCUAGAGAGGAAAUGAUGGAUCAUGAGAGGAGAUAUUUCCGCAGUACACUACCGAAAAAGUGGGUAAAUCCUUCCGGGUACUGCUGUCGGAUAUUAUUCACGUUGAUAUGGAUUGCCGUAUCUAUUAUCGUGAGCGCGACGAUCUUCACUCGAUCAACUCAAUGGUUUGGCGAAUUGACGUGUAUCAGACCUGCCCACAUCUACGAUGACGUACCGGGUUAUUCGAAGGUUUUUGCAGCAUGGGACGUGACGGGUACCCACGAGACGCUUGAGGGCAGCAAGUGUCGACUUUGGUUUCAAUUCGACCCGACUCGCGAUGUUGGUCAAACUGAAAUGCAGCAAAUUACAGAUUAUAGUCUACAAACGGGAGCUCAGUGUGGUUUUUACGCCACAAACGAAUUUUCCGGGGAGUGCGCCGACGCCCAUUGUUGGACGUGUAUUUCCAGCAUUCCCUGCUCGCAUGUUGUCGGCUCUGAUAUUGCGAUUUCUGAUCCUCCCUCUCCGGUUUCUUGGACAGACCUAAAAUUUCCCCCGUAUAUUGGUAGUUUGUCGCCGAUUCGGCUGACGAUGGACGAUACGCAUCAUAUCUCAGUUGAUAAUGCCGUUGUUGGUUUGGAGCCGAUUUGUUCAGCAGAUGGAAAUGUUUCUCCUGGUCACAUAGUUGUAAUUCAAGGAUUCAUAAUUGCUGGUCUCUUUAUGAUCAUUCUCGUUACUGCACGCGAGAGCUAUCUCUGGUGGCGCGAAAUUCAAGAGGCGCGCAAAAAAGCUGUUGAUGAUUCCGUGAUGGCUUGCCAUAUGCACGACGUGAGACGGGAAAUGAGGAGAAGGGUGGAAGGACGAUGGGAAGCAGAGGGCGUUAGGUAUAUGGUUGAAUCACAACGACAUAUGGAAAGUGAUGAGGAGAGGAGGGAAAGAAAAGAUGGGAGUAUGUCUCCGGGGGCUCGGGGGUUUUCGGCGGACCAAGAUUCGCCGUCAGGAUUGAAGUCGAAUGUACAUAGGCAUUUCGAGCACGGGAGUAUCUUGAGCCACGACCCUAGUCCAACAGCUAUGUUCGCACGAGCGCAUAGUACGUCGCGAUAUGGGACAGGUGCGAUGAAUCCACUUUGUCGAGAUCGUGUUGGUGGAUGGGAUGUACAAGUGAAAAACAUGCGAGUUGGGUUAGAGAAAAGGCGUCGAAUCGCGUUGGUCAGGGGACUUCUCAAGACGAUAUUGCGCGCUAUCUUGUGGCCGUCGGUGGUUGUGGACAGUAAGCCAGAGCGGAUGUCCUCGGGUGAAGGGGCCCGACGAGCUCAUGAGUUCAGUCCGAUUGAAGAUGUACCGACCCAGGGUUCGGUCGUGGAUCCUGAAGUGUGUGUAAUAAUCGUCAUAAGAAGCGGCAGUUGUGCUGAUUUCACCAAGAGGAAACGAAUCGCUAAGCUUGUUCGCAGGUGUGUUAAUCUUUUCCCUAGCAAUGUAGCGGGGUUCUCACGAGUUUUCGUGGUUGAUCAUGGUCCGGGGUUGGUCCCGGCCGAUGACUGUUGGAAGAUGCUCCAGGACACAGUGUCUCCCGAGAUUAACUAUGCGUACUUGCCUGAGGACGAUAAGGCGAUUGCCAUUCACUGGGCGAACAAAUUCUGGAUCCCCUCCCAAGUGCGACGGCACUGCGUAUCUUCGGGGAGUUCGAAGAUUCACUCAUUUCGCUACGCCAUGGUGAUCGAUGAAGUGGAUGGGGUUGACGACUUGCUAUUGCCUAUGUCAAUGGAGAUCGAUACUAAGGCACUUGCGAAGAGCGGUAGCAAAGUCUUGUGGUUUCCUUCAACGGUUCGGCCGACUGUCCAGGGACAGGGUCAGUCCGUCUGGGUUGAUGAUUAUUUCCUUAAGGCUGAUGCUAUUGUAACGAUGACUCAACAGAAAUUUGGUCGGAGCGCUGUAGUGGUCCCCUCGAAAUCGGUGUGCAUGUGGGAAAGGAAGGCGCUUUUGGAGACGCUGGAAAGGUUAAAUGGAACUGAUGCGACGUGUGCGUCCGGCGGUGAGCUGACUCAGAGGAUGUUCAUAACACAGAUGAGAUUAAAAGGCGCGGCUUCGAGUACUGCAGCACCACAGGUUCGGGUCACUAAUCAUGAUCAAUUUGGUGCGCACUGUAAAGAUUGGCGAUUGCUCUGUACAUUGGCGUUGGAGUUCUUCAACCCUUUUGUGGCUACUGCACCGAGAUGGAUUGCCAAGUUCAGCAUCGCUUUGUACCAUCUUAUUCCUGCCUUUUUCGUUGUUGCUCGACCCUUUUAUCUUGGAACGCUGUUUCUACGUGCACCAAUCGACAUACCUAUAUUGUUUCUGAUAUAUUAUGUCGUCCUCAACCCAUUGUCUAUAAGCGAGGUUUGUUUGGCGCUCCGGAGGAGACCGGAGAUCAAAAGACACUGGAAAAGGUCGUUGUUGUUUUUCGCUGUACCGCUGUAUAGAUUGGCAUAUGGGAUUGGGUAUCUCUAUACGGGUCUUUUCCAUGCUAUGUUCCAAAUGUGCUUCUCGUCACCGUCGAUAAGGGGGAGAGAGAAAAAAGCGUGUGGUGCUGGGGUGCCGCCACUUCCGGGUAGCUCUACUGUGGAUUGGUUUUCGGUGUGGGUUUGUGAAGAAGAUUUGGAGAGGAGGAAAAACGGAAAAAGGAAAGCGGUGGAAAUAUAUAAAAGUGGCAAUUUUGUGUGGUCGGCUUCGGGACGGGAAAAGAAGAAAUUUUGAGGCGAAGAAAAAGGGAAAAUGUGGAAAAGUAUAAUUUCGCAUGGUGUUGAUCUUAUGCGAUUUCAAGUCGUAGCUGCACGGAGUAGUGAACUGUAUAGAUGUCGCUCGAUUUAAUAGCGAGAAUAGGUUUGGUUUGUAUGUGUAUGAUAGUAGCAAUGAAAAUCUUCGCUGUGCGCUGAAGGUGGAGGUGGUGGAGGUAGUAGCAAAGAUACUCUGUUGAAGCAACUUUGUAUGUUACUAACGUUAGCUAUUUCGGUGUUGGUUUUACCCUCUUAUUUCUUGGCUAUUACGAUAAAUAACGUUUUCCGGAA